AAAAUCUGCUGAGCCAUAUGCCGCCAGCCGGGCUAUCGGCAAAAGGUUUGUGUACAUUGAUGGACAACGGACAACCAGAUGCUCGUCAUCGGAGCGAGCGCUACUUGUUAUAUACAGAGAAUGGCUCGUCUCAGCCGAAUACACCAAGUACUGCUACUUCGUCGCCAAGGUAUCAUAACGCUACCAGAGAUAACAACUAUUCAGUCAGCUACGGUUAUUCGUACGGACGUACGUCGAGUAACAACAUGUCUGAUAGCAGCGUAUCGGAUACACACAGCGGUGGAACAGCCAGAACAGUGUCUCAACAAACAAGUCCAUCUCACGCUACUCUCUCGUCGUCCCACUCGCGACAGGAUAACAGCGCGACAUUGUUUACGGCAUUGUUUGACUACAAUGCGACCUGCGAAGAUGAAUUAUCUUUGCAACGAGGUGAAACAGUUGAAGUUCUGUCGAAAGACUCCAAAAUAUCCGGCGACGAGGGCUGGUGGACGGGUAAAAUCCGAGGACAGGUGGGAAUUUUCCCAGCAAAUUUCGUCGCUGAAGCUGAGUGCAUCGACAGGGUGUCGUCGGUGAUUGAUAAAGUUCAGCCUGUUGAGAUUGAUUUUAAUGAGCUGCAGUUGGAGGAGGUUAUUGGAGUCGGUGGAUUUGGUAAAGUGUAUAGUUAUGGAUUAGGUUGUUGGGCGUCUGAUAGUCACGGACGUCCGGGUUUCAUAGAAAUCCUUGAUUUACUGGACGAAGUAAGAAGUUCAUUUGCAGCAACACCUCACGAGUCGUUUCAUACAAUGCAAGAAGAUUGGAGACUUGAAAUUGAAGAGGUUCUUCAUGGGUUGCGCAUGAAGGAAAAGGAGUUGCGCUGCAGAGAAGAAGAACUGUCAAAAGCUCAAGUGCAGCAGAAACAACAGGAAGAGAAUCUUCGGCAGCGGGAGCAAGAGUUAGCAGCUCGCGAGAUUGAUUUAUUAGAACGAGAGCUUACUGUGAUGAUAAUCCAGCAGCAAACUGUUCCUACGCCUAACAUGAGGAAAGGAAAGUUCAAAAAAUCUAGAUUAAAACUUAACAAGAAGGAACCGGGUAGUAAUAUCAGUGCACCUUCAGACUUUCGUCACACAAUAACUGUUCAACAUACAGCUCUUGAUAGAGGAAAAAAUCGAAACCCAUCGAGACCAAAUAGCCCUCCGGGCUCACCGAUACCGGCCGACGGAGUUAAGGGUAAAACGUGGGGUCCGUCAACACUACAUCAGCGCGAGCGUGGCGCAAUAAUCACUCAACCACCAAAUCCUUCAUCACCAGGUGGCAAACGUUGGUCGCGAUCUGCUCCGGAUCUUGAAAAGACUCCUCUUCGUACCGCACUACUGGCAAGCGCCCAACGAUCACCGUUGCUACAAGAAAUAGGUAACCCAACCACCAGAAAGUUGUACUCGUCAGCAAAUAAUUUGAUCGACGAUCAGGAACGUUCUGGCGCCGCGAGUGACUACGAGCUAAUGAGGAUCAUAACUAAUGAUGAUGAUUUAACAAUGACGUCCUCUUCCUCGUGUGCUCUUGGUGGUGGACAAUCUAGUUGCGUCACAAUGUCCGGGUUGAGAGGGUCAAACAUUAUUAAAAACAAUAAUAGUAAUAAUAUUAACACCGCAACUCAGAUGGAUACGUAUGAGACGGCAUAUGAUGACUUGAGAGAUACUCUCACUCAACAAAUAAAUCGUACACCACUUGUAGGUGUCGGAAUAGGGGCACUAGCUUACAAUUAUUAUGACAUAUCUUCCCCGACGUCGUCAGUAUCGUCAACGUCUACUCUGGUCCCUUCAGAUUCAGCGUCGGCUUUUCUUUCUUCGUCUUCGUCAUGCGCUGUAAAAUCUUCGGCUGGCAAACAAUUAGAGUCUCCUUCCUCAGCGGAACAAUCUGUAAAUUCAACAAAUUUUGUACAUAAUGUCGCGUCGACUCUUGUUGGUACUGCUAAACGCGUAAGAAAUAAAAAACGUGAUCGCAGUAAAUCUAAAGAAUUUAAACGUCGUGAUAGCUCGGAAUCUAGGUUAAAUUCAUUAGCUGAAUUUUUCAGAUCACCCACUAGUUCACGUAAAAGUUCACUUGCCUCUGAAAAAAAAAAUUCACAGGCAUUAGCUUCUUCAAGCACCCGUAAAUCGAGUAGCGCCGAUUGCAGCGGUGCUGGCGGCAUUGAAUCUAGUCCUGAGAAUUCAAUUACCAAAUCUGUUCGUCAUAAGUCACGUAGCUCGAAAUCACCUUUGAGGGUGCUACAUAAAAUGCGCGCUUGGGACAGUACACCGACAACAUCUACCGCCAAUCAGUCAUUUGGUAAUUCAGAAACUGCGUUAUCAGUGAGUACUAACAAACAAAACAGCCAAUUACACAAUGACGACGGUAAAUCACGUAGUAUUGAAUAUCUAUUCGACUCGUCGCAUCAACCAACGUCUUCUUCUUCCUCAAACUCAAUUAGCAAUUUAAAUUCUAACAGUAACAAUAUACCGUCGGAAGAAAUUCGAAAAUUUUCUCGCUCGCAUUACCCGACGCUGCCGGCGGACAUGUCUUCGGAGUGGAUGACGAUGGAGUACCCACCAAAACCAGGACUGACUGGUCCUUACGUAAUGCCAAUGCCUGUACCAAUGCCAACGCUCUACAAUGGAGAAGCUAAAAAACCAAAGCCAGGAAUAAUUGAACUGGUACUUUAUAAUAUAGCAGCGAUGCUGGCUGGUGUUGCCACCGGCUAUGACGUUAAAAUGUCAAAUGUGUCGCCAAUUCAUCCACGAUUGUAUCCGAGAGUUACUGACGGCGAAGAAGAACCGGGUCGAUACUGGUUCCAAGCUGACACCGGGUCCAAUCGUAACUCGGGGUACCUCGGAGCUGACUAUGAGUUCAGUUCACCCAGCGGUUAUCCGCAUAAUACCUAUCAUGGUCCAGCGAGACAUUACAGGCCAUUUUUAAGCAACAUGGGUGGUAUUGCUCCAGGUCUUCCUUUAAAUAUAAUCGAUAAACCUCUUCGGUUUACGGAUUCGCCACAGCAUUACGCGGGGAAUACUGGCUCGAAUGUACCCACACCGAGUCCAAGACGUAAAAGCUCGAGUACAAGUAAUGAAGAAGCUUAUUCAGCAGAUAAUGCACGUAUGGAUAGAAUAGAAAGGGUACCCACUAUUUAUAUGGGUAAUGUACCGCCUUAUCCUGAUUACGGGCCACCAAUGUACACCAUGAUGCCUCCGGAGUAUUAUAGACCACCUGAGUCUAGUUACUUCAAUCCUACAGAUUAUCAUGACAGGAUGUUAGAGUGUCCUGAAUUUCCUCAUGCAUACGACAAUCCAAGUACCAUUAAUAGUUUAGUAAGAACAUCAUCGCGAUUACCUAAUUACACUCACCAUCGUACGUCGUCAAAUGUCUCAACAACCAGUACAUCGAGUCAAAGCAACAUAAAUCCAUCAUUCCGACUGGACGACGAGUCUGACUACGCACUGUAUUCACCAACGCAUUACUACCAGAGGUCACAAAAUGUACUCAGCAAUAUCGGAUUAAGUUACACUGGUGUUAACCAUGAUUAUACCGCGUCACCUCAGUACCUGACACGACAAAAUUCGCACGACUCAAACCCAAACUCAAGUGAUCGCCCCAGUAAUCUUGAAGUCGUCACUAGGCUACGCUCAAGCUUAAAGAGAUCUAAUUAUUCGUACAAUUCACCGAAGAGUACGAGCAAAAAUAACUCUGGGUCGGGUACUCCGACGAAUCCAACACCACCUGAUUCGUUGACGUCUGAAGACUCGAGUUAUGUGUCAGCGAAAGAUAGUCAAAUAUCAAUGAGUCGUGUACGUUUUUCACCUGUAACAUUUGACCGUGAUCGCGACCGUGACAGUUUAUCAUCAUCACGGGAUCACCGCGAUGCGUUACUCGACAUACCGAUUCAUGCUCAGGGAUCAGAGGCAGUUACGUCACCGCUACAAUCAUCACGAAGACACAAUAGUAGAAAUCGUAAAUCAAGUAUAUCAGAACUCGAACGUGAAUUUUUAUCA